GCCCGGAGCGGACGGAGCGGACCAGCCGCCGUCUGAUGGCUUGAGAACCGGGGGAAGAAGUGUGGACACGUCGGAUUAUCGCUCUCUCUCUCUCUCUCUCUCUCUCUCUCAAACACACACACACACAUAAACCCAGCCAGGGACAGUGGCAGCAGCUGGACUGGAUGUGGAUGAAGUCAUGAGCGGAGUGUGAGACAGGCUGUUGCCGCUCGGUAGCGGCUGCGACCCGGGCACCGACAGCACGGAGGCAGCCUGGAAGAGCCGACUCGGCUCCUCUCUCUCCCCGGUGGGAGGUGUCUGCUGGCCCGCUGUGCCGCCUCCCCCCGCCCGGACCUUCUAAUGAGGACACGGAUAUAACUGAGGGGGACAUUUUUUAUCUGUAAAUAUCGUCUUUUUUUCUCUGUCUUCUUUUAAAGCAACCAACUGUGGCUUUAAUGUGACGCACUACCAGACAUUAGCUCUGUGUCGGAGCAGACCCCCCCCCUGCGGAGGACUUCAGGGCUUCUUCAUCAAGUUUCCUCCCGCAACGAGCUCCCCACCGAGCAAAAAGAACAGCUAGAGAUCCAAGCUGUGCCAGGCCAGGCCAGGCCAGGCUAGGCCAGGCUAGCAUUCUGUCUGGCCUCACCAGCUUCCUGCCCUCGGUGAGCGGAGGAGGCUUCAGCCAGCUCAGUCAAGUCAAGCUGUAAACGAUUGGAUUCCUACUUUCAUCUUAGCCUUCAGGAGGCCACACUGGUCUGUGAGAUCUCCAUUUCUCCCAUGUCACGGUGGUUGCUCUCUGGAUAUUGGAAGCAGAAUGGAUUCAGGUGUUAAUUUGACAGGUGUCACAUCAUUGCAGUGCUUGCACUCUCCCUCCUCGGACUGCCUCUCGUCCCCUCCCUCCCCAAUCUUCAAGAGAAAGCCCCUGAGCCCCCCCUGGGGCUUCCCUGAGCCCUGUACAGAAAGGCCUAACAGGAACUGUCAGUUGUCUUGUUGAAACAAGUUGACAUUGCAAAGGGGAAGUAGAGUUAAUAAAUUCUUGAUAAAAAAAUCUACAGACCACAACAAAGAUUACUGUCGUCGAUGAUAUAUUUUUUUGUAACCUCACCACUUUGCUUCUACUUUGAUCAGAGGUUUUCACUUCAAAAAGGAGCUUGCUGGUCAAGAUUUGCACCCACAACCAGUUUACAAAUAGGUUAAUGUGAAAAAAAAAAAAAUCCUUAUUUAUACAUAAAGAAUUUUUUUAUAUUUCUUUGGGUCUAAGCAUCAGGCGGAAUGUCUGAAAGCAAUAGCAGCAGUAAAGCGGUGAUAUUCAUUGCCCCAGCAUCCCCUCCUCCCUCUUCCUCCGCCUGUCCAUCCCCGCAGACCCCUCAAAAGAAUGUGAACGGCUCUUCCAGUUCAGACUCGCAGUUGUUGGUGGAGAAGCUCGAUGGUGUACCGGAGGUCCGACGCCGGCGCCACACGAUGGAUAGAGACUCUAAAACAGCUGAGCACCGCUUCUUCCGUCGCAGCGUCAUCUGUGACUCCAACGCCACAGCUUUAGACCUGCCCAGCAAAGCAGCUGUGAUCCUCACCUCACCUCCAGACUGUGAAGGGUUGCCCAUCUUCCUCACGCCACAGCUCUUAGGGCCUGGACCUGGGGUGCAGGAUGAUGAGGUUGAGAGAGGUUCCUAUUUGCAAAGCAAUACCCGUCAUCCUUGUCUUGGGGUUAGUGGGGCUGUUGAAGAAGGGCCUGUAGAAAUCACUGAGAAAGAUCUAACAGAAGGCAGUGUCACGGUUCCAGUUCCCACCAUUAGCAGUGUGGAACAUACAGAUGGGGCAGAGAAAGUGUCCAGCCCGACAGUAUUGGAUGUUUCAGACAUCACAGCAGUCAAACAGCCUGAUGUAACAUUAACUCCCAGAGGGUCCAAGAACACACAACAGGUGGCAAAAGGUGAAAACGUGAUUGAACAUGUAGAAGAGAGCAGCGUUAGUAGUCGAGCCGGAGAGAAGGAGAGGGAGACGGAGGAGGAGAGGGGUCUAGCAAAAGCACGAGCAGAGCUGAGAGAAGCUGAGAAACGAGUGCAGGAUGAUAUAGAGGAGGUAGAGACAAAAGCUGUGGGGACUUCAUCGGAUGGACGCUUCCUGAAAUUUGACAUCGAGAUUGGAAGAGGCUCUUUCAAGACAGUCUACAAAGGACUAGAUACGGAGACGACGGUGGAAGUGGCGUGGUGUGAACUCCAGGAUCGCAAGCUGUCAAAGUCAGAGCGACAGCGCUUCAAAGAGGAGGCCGGGAUGCUGAAGGGUCUUCAGCAUCCUAACAUUGUCCGCUUCUAUGACUCGUGGGAGGGGCCAUGCAAAGGAAAGAAAUGUAUUGUUCUGGUCACCGAGCUCAUGACAUCUGGGACGCUAAAAACCUACCUGAAGCGUUUCAAGGUGAUGAAAAUCAAGGUGCUGCGUUCGUGGUGCAGACAGAUCCUCAAAGGGCUUCACUUCCUGCAUACCCGAACCCCGCCCAUCAUUCACAGGGACCUGAAAUGUGACAACAUCUUCAUCACGGGGCCCACGGGCUCGGUGAAGAUAGGUGACCUGGGGUUAGCCACAUUAAAGAGGGCCUCCUUCGCCAAGAGUGUCAUAGGCACCCCAGAGUUUAUGGCUCCAGAGAUGUACGAGGAGAAGUACGAUGAAUCUGUAGAUGUCUACGCCUUCGGGAUGUGUAUGUUGGAGAUGGCUACAUCUGAAUACCCCUACUCUGAAUGUCAAAACGCUGCUCAGAUCUACAGGCGGGUCACUAGUGGGGUGAAGCCUGCCAGUUUUGACAAGGUAGCCAUUCCUGAGGUGAAGGAAAUUAUAGAGGGUUGCAUCCAAACAAACAAGGAUGAGAGGUAUGCCAUAAAGAUCCUGCUGAACCAUGCAUUCUUCCAGGAGGACACAGGGGUCAGGGUUGAACUGGCGGAAGAGGACGAUGGAGAAAUGAUCGCCAUCAAACUUUGGCUGAGAAUAGAAGAUGUCAAGAAACUUAAAGGCAAAUACAAAGACAACGAAGCCAUCGAGUUCUCUUUUGACCUGAUUAAGGAUGUGCCUGAAGAUGUGGCCCAGGAAAUGGUUGAGUCUGGCUACGUUGCUGAGGGUGACCAUAAGACCAUGGCCAAGGCGAUUAAGGACCGUGUGUCUCUGAUCCGGAGGAAGAGGGAACAGAGGAAGCUGGUGCGGGAGGAGCAGGAGAAGAGGAGACAGGAGGCAGAGCAGCAUCUGCAACAACAGCAACAGCAGCAACAGCAACAGCAGCAACAACAACAGCAACAGCAGCAACAGCAGCAACAGCAACAGCAACAGCAGCAACAACAUCAGCAGCAGCAGCAACAACAACAACAACUGCAGCAGCUUCAGCAGCAGCAACAAGACACACAUAAAACCUCACACACACAGGCCGAGCUGGAAGAGAGUGAAGUGGCACACCAGCAGCUCCACUAUCAGCAGACCGGCCUCUCACACGCAUCUGAAGGAGGUAUGGACAGCGGCCAGGGUUCCUCUGUUUUCUCUUCCGACUCCCCCCACCUCGGUCAGCUGACCAUGUCCUACAGCUGCCCCCCUUCAUCCCAGCCCCCUUCCCAGCCCCAGACCCCCUAUCCCCUUACCCCAUCUGCCAACACACAGCCACAUCCAGGCUAUGCCCAGCCACCGCAGCCAAUGCAUUCAAUGCCACACCCCUACAGUGGAGGAACAAGCGCAGGAACAGGAGCAGGAGGGAGCAUCCUCCUCCCAACUCAUCCUGACCCUGCUACUAUUUUCUUCCCCUCCAUCCCUGAGCGCCCCAUUUCCUUCUCGCCUCCCCCUACUGGGCCUCCAAAGGCCUACAACACCCAGCGACGCAAGAGCACGUCCAUUCUAGAGGCCCAUACCCGCCACUUCCAGCCCACUUAUGCUCGCUAUGGGAGCAGCCUACACCCCUUUUCUGGGAUGGAGGGUGUAGAGACCCCCUCUCUCUUUAUGGUGAACCCUGGUUUUGCAGCAGCUGCUCAAAGACUUGGUGUGGGGGAGCCACUGCAUCUCCCAGGACAGUCUGACCCGAGUCUGUACGGCUACAAAGACAUGAGAGCAGAGCACGAGGAAGUAGUCAGGAGAUUAAGUCUAAAUCAAGCUGCCUUAUUGGACCAUUAUGAAGCAAUGGCAUAUGGAGGAUACCCAAUGACUACACACCAGCUUGGUCACUUGAGCUACCAUCAGCAGAGGCAGGCAGCGGCUGCUGCUGCUAGUUUGGGUUUUGAUCCUGGUCCUCCACCUCAACCAGGCUUCUUGCACCCUCACCUCAUGCAAAGAAUGAGUACACACAGUCCAAUGCCUUCUCCCUUACCUCCAAUGAGCGCAUCCACUGGAGGCUCUGUUUCCUCUUCAUCAUCUGAUGGCUGCUAUCCUCCACCACAGCAUGGAUCCCUGUCUGCCUUCCCUAUUUCUGCACCUCCGGCAAUGAGUGAACCUACACCAUCUACUGAAAGUGUUUUUGAGUUUCAUUUAGCUGCUGCUGCUGCAGCUGCUGCUGGAGACCCAAGCCUCCUGGCAUCCAGACUUUACCGGGCUCGGAGGGGCUCCAUGGACCUCCCUCUGGAGGAAAACACCGUACCUGGCUCAGGUGGUUCAGGCACAUACAGCCGUCUCCAGCCAGUGACAGAAGAGCUGUUCACUUACAUCAGCCCAGAGCUCCCCUUACCUCCAGGAAGUCUACUUCUGCACCACAUGGGCCUAACCAUGAAGGACAGAAGUCCGGAACCUUCUAGCGACUCUUUGGCCUCCUCGGACGCAGGAGAGUUCCAGUCCCCUCCUCCCCCACCUCACCUCGCCUCGUUUGACUCCUCAGCUGCUCAGUCCAUCCCUCACUCAACCUCCGCCACAUUCUUUGAUUCAUCAGGGAUAGUGCUCCCCAUAGAUCCCCAGGGACAUCCACCUUCCAUGCAGAGCUUUCUCCCUCCCACCCCAUCUUCCGAGCUCCCACUCGGGGGAACAUCAUCAACUCAUCUGGAGUCUCUGAUCCAGAGUGCCUGGGCCCGACACGGAGGGGUGGUACCAGCACAAGCCGAUAUGACUUACCAUGAGUCAUUGCUGGCCAUGCAGGCUGCUUACCCCACUCUGCAGCAGAUUCAGACUCCCACCCCCCAGCCUUCGCCAGGACCCCCCAUAGUCCCUGCCGCCUCCCAGCAAGCGCCCCCUGGGACCUCCCAACAAGUCAUUUCAUCCAGUCAGAGCAGUACUUCAGUUCAGAGUCCCACACACACAACUCUGCAACAGGCACAGCUCAGUGUAACUCCGUCUACCUCUGCUGUGACGCACCCUUCUCCUUCGCCAUCCCUUCCUAUUACCAUGCCGACAGCGGUUGUGGCUUCCCCACCUUCUCCUCUGCCCCUCUCUGUUGGGGUGGUGCCUCCUAUUGUUUCCCCUCCUCCUCCUCCUCCUCCUCCUCCUCCUCCUCCUCCUCCUCCUGUGCCUCAACCAUUGGCCACCAUGGUGCCAAUCAUCAGCGUAGUCACCGCCCCACCUGACACUCCCAUGGAAGUCCCUCCCCAGUCCGUCUCUCAGUCUUCAGAACUGUCCCAGUCCCAGCUGCAGCCACCUCAAGUUCUCUCAUCUAUAGAGAGCGGCCACUCUGAAACGUCAGGUCUGAGUGAUGGCAACGAGGGGGGAGGAGGUCGUCACGAAGGGCGCUCCACCAAGCGACAUCAGAGACGUUCUGUGCGAAGUCGAUCACGCCACGAGAAGAUCUCUAAGGCGAAGCUCAAUGUUCUCAAUAUCUCCAGCCGAGGAGACAGGGUAGCAGAGUGUCAGCUGGAGACUCACAACAGGAAGAUGGUGACGUUCAGGUUUGACCUGGAUGGUGACAAUCCUGAGGAGAUCGCUCAGAUCAUGGUCCAGAGUGAGUUCAUCCUGGAGAGUGAGAGGGAGUCAUUCAUUGAACAGGUCAGGGAGGUGAUAGAGAACGCUGAUGAGAAGGGUCUGGAGAGAGACAGCCAGAUGACCGGUAGCAUGGAGCAGCAGAUUCCUGUGAUAUCUGUCCCCAUGCCAGACAUCCCCCCCAGUGCAACAGCACAAGUGGUUCAUUCAGCAGGUCGGAGGUUCAUUGUCAGUCCCGUACCUGAAGCCAGGCUGAAGGAGCAAAUGUUGCCCAGUUCUUCUCCGACUGCCACUGCACCUUCUGUUGAAACAGUUCCUCCGGUAUCAGAUCCAACUCCAUCUCAGACUCCGGGCCAAGGUUUGGGGUUGUCCCAGUCUGCAGGACCAAUCAGCUUACAACAGGCCUUCUCUGAGCUCAGACAGAACCAGAAUCAGUUUGAUCCAGGACCCAGCACUGCCCCAGCCUCCAUCCAGUCCACCCAUCCUUCUCUACAGCCUUCAGCUUCCCCUGUACCCUCACAGGCUAGCACCGUCUCCUCCACUACUGAUAUUACUCCUGGUCUUGUCCCCUCUAAUUUAUCCAAGGCACAGGAGCGGGUUAUGGAUGCCUCUCUUCCUCCUCAUUCCUCCUCCCCCUCUACUGUCGCUGCUGUGUGUCUCAGUCCUCCCAGUUCCUCCUCGCCUCCUCCGACUGGGGUGAACCAGUCCAUCCUUCAGUCGCAGCCUGGGACACAGGCUGCCCAAAUUCAGCCCCAGGCUUUCACCCAGCCUCAGUCCCAAUCAGUCUCCGCUGUCACUGCUACUUCAGUACCUUCCCCUUUACCACCGGCGAGCAUCUCCAACAUCGCCCCAACAAUGCUCACCUCUCCUCCGCCUGCCCAGACUGUCCCUCUUGUAUCCUCCCCUCCCUCCUCCACUCUCACAGCCAGCGAAGUGUCCUCUAUUCAUCAGUCCGUCUCCUCCACCUCGUCGUCUACUCCUCCCCACUCCUCCUCGGCCAUCCCAGGCCCCCAAACAUCCCACACACACAGUGGGGAAUGUGAUUCAAGGUGUGAGGCGUCCGCUGAGGCCCAAGGCAAACCGGACGACAUCCAAGUUCUGGAGAAGAAGCUUCGCUCCCUCUUCAUGGACCUCGGUGGAGGAGGGGCCUCCAGCCAGGGAGACAGCGUAGUUGCUGACAGUGGCUCUGGAGCCUCUGUGGCAGGUACCUCGUCCCCGUUGGGGCCCGGCUCUACCUCCACAACACCUGGCUCCAGCCUGCCAAACAAUCCUCUUCAGCCCCCCUCCAGCCUAGCGAUAGGGUCAGUGGGGACACCUGCUCCAGUCCAGGGACCUGGGACACCUAUUUCCACCCCUGCACAGACGGUCAUCCCUGCCUCAUCCUUUGGCCAGACCACUCCAUCUAAAACCCCCUUAUCCAGGGUACCGGCCAGUUCAUCUCCUUCAGAACUCCUGCCAUCCUUCCCUGGACCUUGUGUAAUACAGUCCCAGCAGCCUCUGGAGGACCUAGAUGCACAGUUGAGGAGAGCACUGAGUCCAGAGACUGUUCCUGUCAGCACACACUCACAGGCCUCUCACAGUGGUUUUACUGGAGUGGGACCACCAGUACCCUUUUCUCUUGAUGAAGACACUGUGUCCUCACCUGCUCCUCCUCCUGCAAUUAAACUUGGAAGAUUUCAGGUCUCACUUGCCACUGACGAGCCUCCAGUCCGACACCCGGCCUGCACUGAGUCAUCCUCCACCACCUCCUCGUCUUCGUCCUCUUCGUCCUCGUCCUCCAGUCUUUCCAGCCCGGAAAACACGCUGCAUAAAGACUCCUUGUCUCCUCUGAAAGGGGGAGGAGGACAAGGAGGAGACAUUGUAGACGGACUCCCCCAGAGGACAGUGACAGGAUACCACCAACCCUCCCCCUUCACCUCCCCCUGUCCGUCUCCUAAGCCCACUACUACCAUAGGACGCUUCCAGGUCACCACCAACCCUGAGGCUCGUGUCGGUAGAUUCUCGGUCAGUCGUGCCCAGGAGCAGAGCCCUGAGCCCACGCAGAGCCCUCUACCCGCUGCCCAAGCUGCUAACGGACCCAGCGAACCCAGGCAGAUUCUGACCCAAGACUCAACUCAUAAAGCCUCCCUGCCAAGCUUAAACAACAACUCCUUCAAUAACUCCUACAUCAGCAGCGAUAACGACUCCGAAUUUGAGGACGACGACUUCAAAUGUGAAGUCAGCCGGCUCAAAGAAAAGCACAUGCGUGAGAUUCAGGCCCUUCACUCCCGUCAGAAGGAGGAGAUAGACGGCCUCUUUACCAGGCUGGGAAAGGUUCCUCCGGCUGCAGUGCUCCCUCCAGUUAUAGCUUUGACUGGCAGGAGGAGACGACCUACCAAAAGCAAAUCGUCCAAAUCGUCCAGAACCAGCUCCAUGCACGGCAGCAAGAGUCCAUUACAGCCAGGCAGCACUUUAUCCGCCCAGAGCGUCCCGACCAUGUACCCCGGGCAACUGGCUCUGUUAGCCCCAGGAGGAUUAGCUGAUUCGGUCGGCAGCUCUCUGCCCCAGCCCCUCAAACCCUCUCCCUCCAGCGAUAACCUGUGUUCGGCCUACACCAGUGAUGCGGCGCUCUCUGUGCCCAGCCUGUGUGCUCCCACCCCAGGCUGUAUAAAGUUCAGCUGGGGUUCGGAGCGUUUGGCCUUCAAGCCUGGCGGCAGGAGGACGCGCUUUCUGAGUACGCCCUGCUUGGCUCUUUGGAAGAUGGUGAAAAAAGUCUGCCCCUGCAACCAGCUCUGUAGGACUAACAGCACCAUCGCAGUGAGCGGCUCAGGAGGUUUGGGUCAGAGCCAGACGGGUUCUCAGUAUCUGCCGGCCAACACGUCGGUCCCCCACCAGAGGAAAGGAACCUUCACCGACGACCUCCACAAGCUGGUAGACAACUGGGCCCGAGACGCCAUGAACCUCUCACAGGGUAAGAGGAGUGCCAAACAGCUGCAGCAAACUCCAGCGCAGGGACACAGCUACGAGGUCAUCCAGUCAGCGAGUCUGGGCAGGAAGUUCUCGGCUCCCAGCCAACUGUGUCCCAGCAGCCUUGGAGGCUCUGCACACCUCCCCACAAACCCCACCGCUACCUCUCUGGCCAGCCGCAAGGGCUCCCUGUGCCACCCCCCCACCUCCUCCUCUCCAUCCCAACCCCAGCCUCCCCAAUUCAUCCAGUACACCCCCACCGCCGCCUACAGUGCACAGUGGUCUGGUCCGACUCAGGGCUUGUCGGCCUCGCAGCAGGCUCCGGUACAGCCUGGGCCCCUGCUGGUCAGCACCUCCCAGCCCCUUGGCCCCUACCCCACCCCACAGGGCCAGAUUCCCGGGCAGGGGCCAUUCCAGGCUUUCCAUUUGACCAACGCUCUGCCGAAGUCUGUCAGCAACCCAGGAGGACCCAAUCUGAGGACCACGUAGGGCUGGGGAUCAGGGCUGGAUUGAACCACGGCCCGACUGGUGUGAACUGGUGUGGGGCGGAGAGUGAUUUGGGCUUGAUCAGUGGGAGUGGACAGAAGUUCAAGGAGCUCGGUGUUUAAAGACGUGUCAGGAGAAUAGAAAAGGAGAAGCUGAAGAGAGGAGAAACCAGGAAAGAGGAAUUUCAAGUGCGACCAUCUCCAUUUGCCUCUGCUUCCAUCCAAGUGUGCGAGACACUGUCACAGAUGCAGCUAAACAAUCUCCUUGCCUGCUGUGUCUGACUCUCGGCUUGUGACAGCAGCCAAAUGCUCAAGGAUAAAGGAAAAGACUGAUGAGUGCAAUGUUAACAAGCCAAAGAGGUUGUGACAGGAUAUGGGACUGGUGUUGAAGACUGAGUGUGUGUGUGUGCCGUGCUGUGUAUGAGCUAUUAUUACUCAAUCACACUUGUUUAAUUACAUGCUUUAAAUUGGGUGAACAAGCUCAUACAUGAUGGGGCGCACAUGUGUCCUAGUUUACGGUGAAAGAAGAUACAACAUGCGGUUAAAGUGGAAGGAUGUGGUGACAAUGUAAAAGUCAGCAGACAAAAGCUUUGGUAGAAACUGUGUAGAACUGUGUCUGUGAUUAUUCUCCCGUGUGUGUGAUAAGUCAGGAAGUGUUUUGUCUUCAGUAUUCAGACAUUUUUUCUCAACCGUCAAAAGCACAAAGAAUAUCGAGAACAAAUGGAAUCAAAGCAUACUGAGAAUAGUUAGCAGCUUAACACUUGGUGGAAUCAGCUUGAGGGAAGUCGUGACGGCUUCUCGUUCCUCCUUUCGUUCCGGCGAAGCGUUCACACCGAGCUAGAGAGGUGGAGGAAAGAUAGUAGGUGGAGAUGGAGAGAGAGACACCUCUGUUUCCUGUUCAUCUGCUUACUUCAUGAACGAUAAAUCAAUGAGAGCACUUAUUGGGACACGACGAUGCUUCUGCGCGGCCCAACACCUCUUCACUGUCACGACUCCACCUCCUCCAUCCCUCUCUCCGCCUCUCUGUUGCCAUUUGAAGCAAUAACAGCAGAAACCUUUUAAGAGGAAAGGAAAACAAAAAAAAACAUGAGAGAACUCAUUGUGAAAAAGUGGCCUUGUUAUCAGAAUAAUAUCACAGUCCCUGUACAGUUUAUUUUGUAGAAUUUGAUGAUUCCAUUUAGUUCUUUUAUUUUGGUUUUGUAUUGGUUUUUUUUUUGGCUUUGUUUGCUUCCUGCCCCCAGCUGGCAAUCUGACACACACACAAACACACACACACACACGCGUAAAAGAUAUGAAUUCAAACAAACACACAUUCAUGCACAGCCAGAUGUAAAUACACACACGUGUUGUUGGAGGCGUAGCAGCUGUUUAACGGACGUAGAUGUCUCAGUUCUUAGCGUCAUUAAGCUGGUUUCAACACUCGGGUUGAAAUAAUUGCAAUGUACAUUUAUUAUCAUCAUUAUUGUUGUUAAUGAUUAUUAUUCUAUUUAAAAAGAAACAAACAAAAUACGUGUUCUGUCGACGGACCUGUUAUACACACUGUGAUUAUUGUUGUUGUUAGCGAAAGUGUUGGUGGACGACUUUAGUUUUAGGGUAAAAAUGAAAAAAAAAAACACGAGAGAAUGGUUCUGGGUCCUUUCACUUUCAAUUCACUGCUUCCUGCAAAUUCUCAUAAAAAAUGUGAAAAUGGAAAAUAUAAAAAACAGCUCUUUUCAAUAAACCUCCUCACAUCCAGUCACUGAGGACUUACUUCUAAACAAAUGCCUUAUGCCAACCAAUCAACCCGCAGCUUCAGUUCACAACUGAUUGAAUUGAAAGCUGAAACUGACCUCAGAGCCUGAAUAAAAAGAAAAAACCAGAAUGAACAGCAGGAUAUUUGAAAUGUAGAUUUAAAACAAAAGUAAUGCUAGCUAUUUUUUUUCUUAAUACAGUACUUAUACAGUAUAUCAGACACUUUAAAUAGCCCUCCUCUUCCCUUCCUCCCCUGGUUUUGUUAGAUGAAUGUGAAUGUAUAAACCAAUGGUGUCCAUUUUAAUGUACUUGAAAAGAAAAAGUCUGUCUUUUAUUUUUAUUUUUUUUUGCUCCGUUUCUUCCCCUCCCCCCUCCAGAGCCUCUGGUGAAUACUGGGGAUAUUUACUAGUGCCUUACCUCCUUCCUGUUGCUUGUUUGUUGGGUUGGGUGAAGGACUUGGGUUGACGUGUGUGGGGAGUUGGGGGGUGUCACUGUGUCAUCGGCCCUGAUGGUCGGACCUGGUUGAUUGACAGCUGCUGUGGUCAGCUCCUGCGGAUUGUGGUUAAUUCUUUGUGUCUUCAAAAUGCUCAAAUUUAACCUUUCUUUGUUGUUGUUUGAGAAUUGGGAGGAAAGCUGAAUCAAAAAUCUUGAAGACCGUGACAUCAGCGUUGUUUCUUUCAUUGCUGUGCUUUGCUCUUAUACGCACGAGGCCCGGCUGCGUCUUCAGGCCCAGCUACACCACCAACAGAAUGAAAUGAUGGAGCGAACGUGAUACUUUAUCGGUGCCAUUUUGUUUUUUCAGGGUUUUAAUUGUAAAUAUGAGGAAGGGGAUUCCGUUUUAUGGAGAUGGGAGUUUUUGAAGAUUGUAUUUGAAGCUUGGACCACUCUGUACUUUAGAGCCACUGGCCCGGGUGCAGCAGAGAGUUCAGUCAGGAGACGAUGCAUUGACACAGUGGUGCACACACGUGUUGUAUACCAAAACCUAAAUCAUAUUUCUUUGAUACUGCUUUGUGAAUUGGGCUGUUAACAAAAAAAGUAUAAUUCUCUGAAUUUGUCCAAAAACCAAACCAAAUCUACUUCAUCAGGACUGUGUCGUUGGUCUGAUCACAUCCUGUUUCAAAAUAUUGCUGAAUCCUGAUUGGGUGCAUGGAAAUAUAUGACAUCACCUUUUUCUAAGUAACAUGAUGAUUAGAAAUAAAGUAAAUACAAAGAUCUCUAUGGUGAAAUAACCAAAACUGUUCAAACUUUACUCUUUACUCCCAAACUGUUACACAUCUCAGAAGUGCUGCUUCUGCUGCUGCUGCUGGGGAAACAGAGCAAAGAGUCCGAGUAAAGUGUGAACAUAGUCUCCUCCACUCCUGUUCCCACUGUGGUUUUGUGAAGCUGCACCAUUCAGGGUCAGUUGUGGUGGUGGUGGUGGUGGUGGUUGGAGUGAAUGUGAGCACCGUGGUAAUCAUGAUGGAAGCGAUGGAGGUCUCAGAUUCAAGGCCUUCAACACCCUGUUCUGCUUUAACCUUCAUUUAUCAGAGCAAAUCAAAACGUGUCUGGUACAAACUUUAACAUUCACGUAAAAACAACCUAGCAUCUUUUAUUUUGUUUUUCGUUGGGAAGGGUUUGUUCUGGAUUCACCAACACAUUACUAAAAGGUUACUUUGUAAAGUUUGUACAAAAACAACAACGUUGCUUCUGCCUGUUUGUUUUUUUUGACAUUUUCCAUUUUCCCCGUGAAACGUUAAUGCAACAUUUUUACUACUUAGCAAGUUUGGUUGAAGCUGUGAAUAGUAAUUGAGCCACUUUGCUUUAGUUCCGGUUCAGAGCGUUCUGUCAAAUCCUUAAAUGACGCCACCGACUCAGUGCCAUGUGACGUGUCGUCAGUGGAGUGGAACCAUCAGUGAAGAAUAAAAAUUUUAAAAAGAACAUUUGAGUGUAAUAUUUACCUGCUGUUACUCACUGGAGCUGUUUUGGUUGGAGUUUCACUUUGCAACCGCUUUAGCCUCAAAUGCUUUCCACAGUAGAGGUGUGAUCAUAUUUUUGCUGUGUCUCUACUACACAAAAGUUAACUACGAAAGAAAUACCCUCUGUGCAAUGGCCGCAAUGCAAUAUCAUGUAAAGUAACAGUGUGUUUUCAAGCUGGGGGAGAGCUCUUACUGUGAAAGGUUUGGGAGUUCUCCAGCACUGGGCGCCUUUUAGUGUGAAAUUUAAGGUUUCAAUGUUUCUGGUGACACAGAUAACUGGCAACAAUAGUUGUUUUAACUGGCUCACGGUAGAGAUUAAGUUGUUUUUUAAGUGUUUUUACAGGACUCACUAUCCCUUUAUGCUUUUACUGUAGAAGUGCCCACAUGUUAACAUCACACAAUGCCUUUUCAUGCACCAACAGAACAACACACACACCACACGGUUUCCUGUAGCUCUGUCCUGUGGAAUGACGUUGAGUCUCGAGUUGCUCUCGACUGUUACUGAAAAACUGUUGAUUUUUUUUUCCUGUUCUCACUUUAGCUUUUCUCUCACGCAGUUUAUCUGCAGUUUUAACGUCUCCAGCAACUUAACUUGGGUGGUUUAAUCUGUUUCUGUAUCAUGUUUGACAUUGUACAAAAGUGGUUGAAUUACAAACAUGGAUGAAAGAAAAACAAGAAUAAAUACGUGUAGGGAGUCAUCGGCAGCCUUUAAUGGUAUGUUUUGCACUAAGUAUAGAGUGUUCAAGCUUCAUAAUAAAAAGAAACUGCGCUUUGC